AUGCUGGUAAGAACCGCGGUAUGGCGCGAGCAGACCUUGGCUUCCUUGCGUCAUGACGAGUGGAUAUAUUCUGGCAAAUACUAGUUCCCAGCACCGCGUGGUGAUGGCUACUCUUAGCUGAAGGCCUUGGAAGGUUGUUCCAAAGACAGAAGGUCACAUCCAACUAGGAGGGACCAUGGCACAGGGAAUACGACAUGGGGCCCAUGGUCAUGAAGGGAGUCAUACGACACAGGCUCGCCAUUUCUGUGAAGGUGCACACUAUUUCGCUUGCAAAUUCGAGAGAGUCAGCCUUCUGGAUUACUCUACGGAGGGAUAAAGCCCAAAGAAAGGGUCACAUCUCCGUCUUGAGGUGUUGAACCGCUGAACGUCUCCAUGCGAUCAGGCCGACCAGAACCGGCCGUCAUGAUAAACAGAGGUUACUGUGUUCUCAGGAGGGCAUAUCACACAGUCAUCGAGGGCCUGCCCGUUGGGGGAACAGAAAGAGUUGUCGCUGUGGUUUGCCUUGGUGGAUACUGCUCUAUAGAGGGCCAAGCGGUUGUGCUUGUAGCGAUGGAAUUGCCCAACUCUGCACUCUGAGUUUAAACACUCGUGCUAUGAAUUGUCAUGCUGCUUUCAACUAUGAUAGUCCGUGCCAUUAC